AGGUCCGCGUCAGUCUGCAGGCCAGCAGCAUGCAGGUGUGUGUGAGAGACGGAGCCGAAGAGAAAACGCUGAUGGAGGGAGAAUUCACGCACAAGAUCAACACGGAGAACUCGCUGUGGAGUCUGGAGCCGGGACGCUGCGUGGUCCUGUCGCUCAGUAAGACGUCGGAGGUUUGGUGGAACGCCGUGCUGAAGGGAGAAAAGGAGAUCGACAUUAACCAAAUAAACCGCGAGCGCUCCAUGGCGACGGUUGACGACGAGGAGCACGCCGUUCUGGACCGACUCUCCUUCGACUACCAUCAGAAGCUGCAGGGAAAACCUCAGAGCCACGAAAUG